AUGAUCAGCCGCGCCGCCUCGCGCACCCUCGGCCUCUCACGCUCAAGCAGCGCCGCCGUCGCGGCCGCCGCGGGGCCUGCGCCGCCGUCGCGCAAGCCCGCGCUCGGCGCCGCGCGCGCCGCGGCGGCGUGGCUGGGGCUGAACCUGCCUGUCAUUCUCAUGUAUUGCCCAGUCCACCUCUUCUUCACGCUCUGGACUGUGAGCUUCACGUUCCUCCCUCUGAAGAUCGCGGCGGCGCUGUGGGCGGCGUUCCUGGUGCCUUACUACACACUGUCUUCGCUCGGGGACUUCCCGCACACGGGCUGUCGGGAGUGGCCGUGGCUGCUGCGCUGGUUCAGUGAGAACGUGGAGCGCUCCCUGGCCCACUGGUUUGGCAGCGUGCAGGUCGUCUAUGACGGCAGCGCAGCAGACCGCGCCGCACACUCCAACGACGCCGCGCCGCCGCUCGCGCCGCGCGUCGAGCUCGGGCGCGCCAAGGCGCCGCGCCAAGGCGGCGGCGGCGGCGGCGGCGGGGCCGGGGAUGGGGCCGGCAGCGACGGGGCCGGGGUCGGCGAGGCCGCUGUUGCGAGCGUGGUUGGGGCGCUGGCCGCCGCCGUCGCAGCACACGGCGGCGGCGGUAGCCUGCGGCGUCGCGUCCUGGGGGCCAGCGCGCAACGGGGGCAGCAGCAGCAGGAGCAGCGGGCUCCCGGCGAAAACUGCGCCGGCGCGACCGGCAGCGACCGCUCCGACGACGGAAGUGUCACCAGCGCCGUCGCUGGUGCAGGCGCAACGGGCGGCGGCGGCUCAGGCGGCCCCAACGGCGCCGGCGUCGGCGCCGGCGCCGCAGGUGGCGGGGCGGCGCCGCGCAUGAUCUUUGGGUUCCACCCCCAUGGGUUCUACCCGACGGGCGCCGGCUUCCUGCCCAUGAUGGAGUCCUUCCGCGCGCGCCUGCCGGGCGUGCGGCCGUCGACGCUCGUGGCCAACGUGCUGUUUGUGCCGCCCUUCCUGCGGGACAUCGCGGCCUGGUCGGGCUUCAGGAAGGAAGCGCCCCGGCCGCCUCGCCUGCGCGCGGGGCGCCCCCUGCGAUGGGCUCACUUCUAG